CCAUGUCUCCAAAAGCAAAGAAGCAGAAAAUCGUACGUACUACAACAGCUGUAUCCACGGUAACAGUACAGCAACCACCAGUUAGUGCUCUAGCAGCAAGAAGACUACAGUUACAAGAGGCCGCUAAUAAAGCAUCAGCAUUAGGCGACACAUAUAAGGCCGGGGUAUCGCACAAGGCGUCGAUACUGGAGGAUGUGCCCUCAAAUUCCACAAGCAAACCAUCAACACCGGAGUCUGAAGAACAUGUUGAGGUCGACAAUGUUGAUAUCGAUAAUGAUGAAGAGGCAUCAAAAGUAUCACUAAAUACUGAUAGCGAUGAUGAUGGAGGGAAUUCCUCCGACCAGGGAUAUGAUGUCGGAAUCAAGCCUAAGUCCACUAUCAAAGACGCUGGUAACCUACCCCUAUAUGAGCGGCGCGAGCGCAAGUUGUUCCUUGAUCCUCAGUCUAUUUCAUCCUUUAAACCAACACCUGACAAUGUUGCCUACUCUUCUACCAAAGGAAAUUCGGAUAUUAUAGUCGUUGGCCUUAAACAGGGUGAGACGAUUGUUUUUCAAGGAUGCAUAAACAUCAUUCCUCUUAGUGGAUAUGCAUCGGUAUUAGGCUAUAUUUUAUCAGGACCAGGAGGCACCAGGAAAAAUCCGUCUGAAAUAACUCAGUCUCAAUCAGCACUAAAUGCAUCCAACUUAUCUUCAAUAUCACGCUUCACAGUAAUAUCGCCUAGAACACACGCACUUGCAGUCGUUGAGUCUAUUAGUGCUGGCUCCGUCAAAAGAGAACAGUUGGUCCCACAAAAAGUCGAGCAAGCGUCAUUCGAGUUACAAGAACAACUAAAGGCUUUGACUACUCAUGUAGUGUUUGAUGAUUUUGAUACUGUGCUUGCAAUACAAUCAGGCGUCUCCUCUGGGAUUUUUGGUAUUGAAAAAGUGGUGCCCCUAUUCAAAGGAAUUUUAUCUGCCAAACAUUUGCCACGUCCUCGUGAAAUGGGGGAUCCAGAUAAGCUAGCACAGACUCGGUUUGAGACUAGUAUGAAUGGCUUCCAUCCUAUUCAAGAACCUACAGACAGCAUUUCAGCAAUGAAAAUCCCACCUACUUGGCACGAAGCAAUUCAAACACUUAUUGAAGCCACUGUGGAUGAGAAUGGAGAGUUUAUCAGUCGGCCACCAGUCUCUGUAGUAUGUGGAGGAAAGAAGAUGGGCAAAUCAACACUUUCGCGUUUACUACUAAAUCGUAUGCUCAAUAGGUAUAAGAAAGUCGCGUUUAUCGAAUGUGAUAUAGGUCAGUCAGAAUUCACCCCUGUUGGCAUGGUGGCCCUACAUAUAAUAGAAACGCCUGCGUUAGGCGCACCGUUUACUCAUCCGAGACAGCCAUAUCGCGCUUUCUUUGUUGGAAACAGCACGCCGAGAGAUGAUCCUGAAUAUUACAUGGCAUGUAUCAAGGAGCUAAUCAAAACAUAUUAUAGUGAGGUGACGCAUACACAGACUUGGAUGGAUGCGGAUGAUAUCGAUUAUAAUAGUAGUGUUGAAGACGAACAUAUACCAUUGAUCAUUAACACACAAGGAUGGAUCAAGGGAAUGGGGUAUAAUCUUUUGCUGGAACUCCUGGACUAUACAGUGCCUUCGCAUAUUUUUGGAUUCCAUUCUCCAUCCUACAGCGAAUCCAACUUGCCACAGAGUUUUUCAUCCACCUUGAAGAGCCGGGCAUUAGAAAUCAGACACCCGUGCCCCACGAUCUUUUAUGUUGAGGCAGUGGCCCUCGGCGACGAAAACAACAUCUCCCCUUUCACAAAAUACCAUCCUGCAGACCAUCGAGCCCUUGCAUUGCUUUCAUACUUUUACCUGAAGCAAGGACCAGACUCAGGACUAAACUCAAGCAGCGGAGAUCGCUUAAUAUGGGAUUUCACACAAGCACUUGUAGUACGGCGGCCAUGGUGCUGGGAUUGGAGUAAUGCCAAAGGAGUUUGGGUUCUGUUUGAUCAAGUACCUCCGAGCCAAAUUUUGCACGUCCUCAAUGCAAGUCUCGUGGCAUUGAUCGGGGACAAAGAAGAGGCGAAGAGCAAAAAAUGUGACAGUUCUAAAACGGUUGACGGACAGCACCCUCAUUUGACAAACGAUGACUUGGCUAGACAGAUCAACUACUUUCCAAUAGGACAGUAUCCUCCUCCUCCACCCGAGUAUACGACUUGCCACGGUCUUGCUAUUAUUCGGAGCAUUCAGCCCUCCACUCGUACUUUUCAUAUUCUUACACCUAUCCCUCUAUCUAAGCUGAAGAAGUGCAACGGUGUCGUCAAAGGUGUAAUCCAUAUGCCAUUGCACGCUAGUCUUGACCACACAGUAGACUCUAGUACGGUACCAGGAGUGGCUGGCGUACCAUGGAAGAAAGUACCAUAUCUACACUAUGAGACGCCGCUUGUAAACUACGAAGUUCAUACAGCCAGUACAGGGCAAUCUUCGCCCCGUCUUGGUCUUAUAUCGCCACCCAAGAUCAUUGGGUCAGAUGCAAAAGUAACGCGGAAGAAUCUUGGGCGAAAGAGGCUGUUGUAGACUUGUAAUUUUAAAUAAACA